GACCAUUUCUUCAAGCUCCAUAUAUAAACAUACCUCAACAAAAAGCACCAAAACUCUUCCUUUUCCUCUCUCUUCUCUCUAGAGCCAUCUUUGCAUUUUACUCAAACCAAAAGGUUGGCAUUAUCUAAGAUCUUAUUAGACCAAGAAGGUGAUCUUGUGUGUUUUUUGUCUGUUUUGUUUUGGUUGGAAGAAUCAAUAAUGGAGUUGGAAGAUGAGAAGAAGGGAGGGGAAGCUUCAGGACAGACAUCAGACAAAGAAAUGGGGCUAAGCAGAAAGAACAGUGAUAGCUCUUUGUCUCCGACAGAAGAUGAUGACGAAGACGAAGAGAAGAAGCCCCAACUUGGUCCCAUGAUCGCUCUCAAAGAACAGCUUGAGAAAGACAAGGAUGAUGAAAGCUUGAGGAGAUGGAAGGAACAACUAAUCGGCGUGGUGGAUUUGGAAGAUGUCGGAGAGACACCAGAUCCAGUAGUAAAGAUACUAGACUUAACAGUUAGGUCUCCAAACAGAGAAGACAUGGUAUUAACGAUACCUGAUGAUGGAUUGCCUAACCCUAAAGGUCCUUGGUUCACCAUAAAGGAAGGAUCUAAGUACACACUUGUCUUUAACUUCCGUGUCACCAACAAUAUUGUUUCGGGCCUUCGCUAUAACAACACCGUCUGGAAAACUGGUGUCAAGGUGGAUAGUACGAAAGCAAUGCUUGGGACGUUUAGUCCUCAAGCUGAGCCAUACCAACAUGUGAUGCCUGAAGAAAUAACACCCUCUGGUAUUUUCGCUAGAGGAUCCUAUUCCGCAAGAACUAAGUUUAUUGAUGACGAUAAUAAGUGCUACUUGGAAAUCAACUACACAUUCGACAUCCGCAAGAAUUGGCAAUGAUCCACCGAAUUCAACAUUCUCUCCAGUCUAAACCUAUAUGACUAAAGCUCUUUUGAUAACACAUAUAUUUUCUAUCUUACACGCAACUUUUCAGACUAGAAAACUUAAUUAUUUAUUUUUAAUUAAACAAGCAUUAAUAAGAGAUUUUGUUUGAGUGUUUAUGGAGUUUUUCCUCUUCUCUUUUCUUGUGAUCUUUCGAUAUCUUGUUGAGCUUUGAGAGCAACAUUAUUUUGAAGUGUAGGUACAGUAACCGGUUAUAAACUGCACCAACUUUUAAAUUAAAAAAAACUGCACCAACUUUCUUCUAUUUAUCUAUACUUUCUCUAUUUAAUAAUAGAAACAAUUUUAAACGAUGGAUAAUUAUGCUAUUAAAAAUUAUGAAAAAUAUUACAGACAUUCCACAUCCGACAUUUUCUUUAAAAUGAGUUUGUAUUUUACUUCAAUGGCAUCCCUCAGUUUUAUUCUCAAAAUAGAAUAUUUUAGGUAUAUUCUAUUAUUAAUACUUACUAUUAGUUUUGAUAAUGCUUGCUAUUUUAAAAACUUAUAAAUUUUACCCAAAAUAAUUAUAUUUUAACUAUAUCUUUAUUAUUUACACUAAGUAAGGAACUCAUGCGAUGUUGCACGAGAACUCAUUUUAUAUAAAUAAAUAUUCACAUAUUGCAAUAGAAAAAUUUAUAAUGUAUCAAACAUAUUCAACCUAUUUUUCCCUUAAAUUUAUUCAAUCAUAUUUUGAGUCUUUAAAGUAUUUUAAUUAUUUAUUUCCAAGUUUUUUAUAUCAAAUAUUACAUAAUUAAUAUAUAUUAGUUUCUAUUUAUAUCAUUUCUAAAGGGUGCGAACAAAAAAUUAUGAUUGUUCAAACGUAACUCUAUCAUCUUUCAAUUUUAUGUUUUUAUAAUAUGCUAAUAUAAGAAAAUUUAUUUAAUAUUUUUAAAUAUGUCUUUAUCAAUGAGUCUAAAAAAUAUUUCAUUUUUUAAAUCAAAAAGUAAAGAAACACCAAAAUAAACAGAUUAUUUGUUAUCUGAAAUAUAAUUUAAACUUUAAAUAUUAACCUUUUGAAAGGAUACAAAUUUACAACAUUUUUAGUAUUCUUAAAGGAUGUAUCUCUUCAACAUAAAAAAAUCCUUGAAUAAACAAAUGAAUCAUUUGCAUGAAAAAUAAAAUAAAUUUUGAUUAAAUAGAGAUAAAAUUGAUAAUUAUAAAAAUAAAUACUCAUAAACUAUUUAAUUGUUACAUGAAAAAUACACCACAACUAAAAGAAUAUAACCAAUUGGUAAUGACAUACACAUUGAAAAUUUUAUGCAUCUUUUAAGUCAUUAUCGUGAACUCAUUAAUUUUAUUUAAAAAGUAUUUGCCGUUUUGUAUAAUUUAUAAUUUUAUAUAAAGUAUCGUAUUUUUGGUUUCAAAACAUUUUAUGUGUCACAAAAGAGAAAAAAACAUACCCAUAAAAUUUCCAAUAUUUUUUAAAAAUUAUAAUAUAAGUAAACAUGAGAAAAUAACCAAAAACAUAUCAAUAAAAAUAUUUUAAAUGAAAAGACAAAUAAAAACAUAUAAUUGUUUUUGAUGGUCUUUUGACAAUAAAUCUCUCUUUUUUCUAAUAUAUUUGUGACUGUUGUGAUUUGUCAAUGCCCACAACUCCUUAUAAAGAAGAUUAGUUAUUGCAAUGGUGAAGAAAAAAAAAUUAUUGCAAUGGUUGGUUAACACCAAAAAUUGCAAUGAAUUAUCACCAAAAGACUACAAUAAUCAAUAAUUGCAAUGGUUUUAUCACUACAAAUUAUAUCUAUCAACAGUUGCAAUAUUUCAUUUAAGAAUUUGUAACUGUUCCACUAAACACUUGCAGUGAUCACUUAAACUUAUGCAAAGAUUCACUUAAAUUGUUAAUAAUCUUUUCCAAUUUACGUGUAAUAGUGAUUCACUAAAUAAAUAGCACAUAUAACUAACUAAUGCAUAAAAAAUGUUAUAAACAUACAAAUAUUAAUAUGAAAAUAUACAUUGUUAGGAUGAAAAGACACAUUUUUAAACAUGUAAUUCUUAGAAUGAGAAGACGCAUUGUAGGAUGAUAAGAUUUAUGCAUACAUAUAUAUAUAAACAUAAUUUUUUUCCCAACCCCUUAAAUACCUAACAAAUGUUAUAAUGAACAUACACAUGUUAGACAAGAAAUAACUCCUAGAAACCUACACAAUUAAAGAAUAACUAGAUAUGUAUUUAGACAUUUUAAAACCUUUAAAACCUAUUCAUUUUAAGGAUGAAAAUACACAUCAUUAUCAAAAGAGACAUUCUAAGAAAUUUUAAAUAAACCUCUUGAAAAUAUAAUUUCUAUGAUGAAAAUACACAUUUAAAAUCAUUUACACUCUUAAAAAUAGAAACAAAUCUAG